AUGCUAGACAAAGACGCACUCGUCCUCAUCUCGGCCAAACUGAAUCCGUUAAAGGAAUCAGGCCCUGAGCCUCACAGCGACCACAAGGCGAACACGAGCGCCCACCCACAUUGGGACGUCCAAGCCGAAGCCAUGGACCAAUCACAGCACUUCUCUUCCCCGCGACACCAAGGCGCCCAUGUCCACGCCUCUGCCUCUGUCUCCUCCGCUCCAGCUCUCGCUGCCCGGGCCUCAAGACACUUCCACGACGAGCUGCACAUGGCUGGCCUGAGCCCGCAGCGCCAGCACAUCUCCUUUCACGAAUAUACGCCCCAAAUCAAGCUUGACUACCCGACGACUGCCAUUGUUUCGGGUCAACCCCAACCUCAGCCCCACCAGCAACAGCAGCAGUCAUACGCCUCAGUCCCCGGCGUCCUGCAGCCCGGUGGUCUGGUUGUGAGGCCCCCAGCUGUGUCUGCAUCCACCGCGCCGGCGAUUUCCACCGUCCAGAGCUCUUUAUCGUCAUCUCAGGAUCUGGUACAGUCCCCUUCCCAGCUACCUCCCCAACAGCUGCAGCAUCCCCAUCAACGGCCGCAGAGCUCGUCCAGGUCAUCCUUCACCAUGUCGCACGCCUACUCGCGCUCCAGCCCCUCUAGCGGCUAUGAUGCCUCCGGCGGCUACAAUGCCUACCAUCCCACAACCCCUGGCGGCAGCUCCUCGUCGGCCUCGCAGUUCAUGUCCCCUAGCGACAUACCCAAGUACUCUCAGCCCGGUUCCCAGAGGCACUUCUCAAACACACCUCUGGGUCUGGCUGACAUCAGGCCCCGCGCAGACUCCAACAGGUCGGAAAGCGGUCCCGGCACCAUGAGCAUCGACCUCUCCAACACACAGCCCGGCACCAGCAACUACAUGGCUCCCUGGCCCAUCUAUGCCUUUGACUGGUGCAAAUGGCGGCCACAGGCUAAUGGCGCCGGCAAGGUUGCCGUCGGCAGCUAUCUCGAGGAUGGCCACAACUUUAUCCAAAUCCUUGACAGCCACGCCACAACGACCCCACAGGAUGUCUAUACCCCUGGUUCUUCCAAGUACACGCUCGAGUUCUCCAAGGUUGCCGAGGCUACCCACUCCUAUCCCGUCACGCGGCUCCUUUGGGAGCCGCCAUCCUCGCAGAAGCAGUCAACAGACCUGUUGGCCACAUCUGGCGACCACCUUAGGCUGUGGUCUUUACCAUCCGAUGCUACACCCACUCCGGGCAGCACCAUCACCAGGCGUGGAAUUGAGGGACCCGGAGCUAAGCUAACACCGUUAGCUCUCCUAUCCAACUCCAAGACUCCCGAUCAUACGGCACCUCUGACGUCGCUGGACUGGAACACCAUGAACCCCGCUCUCAUCAUUACCUCGAGCAUCGACACUACUUGCACCAUCUGGGACAUUCCCUCCCUGACGGCUAAGACGCAGCUUAUUGCGCACGAUAAGGAGGUGUACGACGUACGUUUCUGUGCUAAUACAGUUGACGUAUUUGUGAGCUGCGGCCAGGAUGGUAGUGUCCGCAUGUUUGACUUGAGGAGCUUAGAGCACUCGACCAUUAUAUACGAGCCGACGGGCAAGGAUGACAAGGUUCAUCUAGACACAACAGCACGUGUAAGCCCUUCUGGCUCCCAGCACUCGAGUGCCGGCAGCCCACCACCCCUGCUACGCCUAGCCACAUCUCCACAUGAUACGCAUCUCUUGGCGACGUUUGCUCAGGAUUCCGGUGCGAUCCGUAUCUUGGAUGCACGCCAGCCUGGUCAAGCUCUGCUUGAGCUGCGUGGUCACACGGGCAAUGUCAACUGUCUAGAUUGGUCGCCACUCCGGAGGGGCCUCCUAGCUACCGGUGGUGAUGAUUGUCAGGUACUCCUGUGGGAUCUCAUGAACGCCAACUCGUCGUCAUCUAUCAACGGUGCGCCUCAGCCGGAGGGUGGGCGCAGCCCAGUAGCAAGCUGGGCUUCCGACUAUGAGGUUGCCAACUUGGCCUGGGCGCCUCAUCUCCAAAGUGGCGAAUAUGGUGAAUGGCUUGGAGUCACUGGGGGGCGUGGCGUCUGGGGGACAAGGGUAUCGUGA